UCACCGGGGGCAGGGCGGAGGCCGCGGGGCCGGGGUGCGGCGCUGCGAGCGAUGCGGAGGGGCCAUGGCCAGCGACGGGGCCAGGAAGCAGUUCUGGAAGCGCAGUCACGCCAAGGUUCCGGGCAGCAUCCAGCAUGUGUAUGGAGCCCAGCACCCCCCGUUUGACCCCCUGGUGCAUGGCACCCUGCUGAAAUCCGCACCCAAGGUGCCCACCACCCCGGUGAAGGCCAAGAGGGUCAGCACCUUCCAGGAGUUCGAGAGCAACACCAGCGACGCCUGGGACGCCGGGGAGGACGACGACCAACUCCUGGCCAUGGCAGCUGAGAGCCUCAACACCGAGGUCGUCAUGGAGACAGCCCACCGUGUGCUGCGCGACCACAGCCAGCGGCAGGGCCAGCACCCACCGCAGGAGGCAUCGGCCCCCGAGGCGGAGCUGCCUGCGGCCCCAGGUGCCGACCUGUGGCUUGUCAAGUCGGUCAGCGAGAGCCAUGCGGCCUGCCCAGCAGAAGGUGCUGGUGGCGCGGCCUCUCUGCAGAGGUCUCAGUCCCUCCCACACUCGGCCAGUGGCACGCUGGCCGCGGCGGCUGACCCCGGCAUCGUCGGCAGCUGCGCGCUGAGUGAGAGAGAGGCCUCCCGGCUCGACAGGUUCCAGCAGCUGCUUGCUGGCCCCCACACGGACCUCGAGGAAUUACGGAAGUUGAGCUGGUCUGGAAUUCCGAAGCAGGUUCGCCCCAUUACCUGGAAGCUUCUUUCUGGUUACCUUCCUGCCAACGCAGACCGAAGGCCAGCCACUCUGCAGAGGAAGCAGCAGGAGUAUUUUGCUUUCAUUGAACACUAUUACGACUCGAGGAACGAUGAAGCUCACCAGGACACCUACAGACAGAUCCACAUCGACAUCCCUCGCAUGAGCCCCGAGGCCCUGAUACUUCAGCCCAAGGUGACCGAGAUUUUUGAAAGGAUCUUGUUUAUAUGGGCAAUCCGUCACCCUGCCAGUGGCUACGUGCAGGGCAUCAACGACCUCGUCACCCCCUUCUUCGUGGUCUUCAUGUGUGAGUACCUGGACACGGAGGACGUGGAGAGCGUGGACAUGUGCAGCGUGCCCACGGAGGUGCUGCGCAACAUUGAGGCCGACACCUACUGGUGCAUGAGCAAGCUGCUGGACGGCAUCCAGGACAACUACACUUUUGCGCAGCCUGGGAUUCAGAUGAAAGUGAAGAUGUUGGAAGAGCUGGUGAGCCGGAUUGAUGAGCAAGUGCACCAGCACCUGGACCAGCACGAGGUGAGAUACCUGCAGUUCGCCUUCCGCUGGAUGAACAACCUGCUUAUGAGGGAAGUGCCGCUGCGUUGCACCAUCCGCCUGUGGGACACCUACCAGUCUGAACCCGAGGGCUUCUCGCAUUUCCACUUGUAUGUCUGUGCAGCUUUUCUCAUGCGAUGGAGAAAAGAAAUUCUAGAAGAAAGAGAUUUCCAGGAGCUGCUACUCUUCCUGCAGAACCUGCCCACGGCCCACUGGGAUGACCAGGACGUCAGCCUGCUGUUGGCCGAGGCCUACCGCCUCAAGUUCGCCUUUGCCGACGCCCCCAAUCACUACAAGAAGUGAGCCCAGACUGCUGACAGGCGAGGCUCUGCUGUAGAGUCCUGUCCUGCCAGGACUGGCCAGGCCCAGGCCCGCUCCGGGGCGGGCAGGGAGGGAGCCACCUGCUUCUGAGAUACCAAAGAGAGCCAGGGGGCAGGUCCUGGCCUCAGGGCUGAGGUGUGGCAGGUGCCACCCUCGUCCGGUCCCAGCAGUGUCCUUGCCAAAUGACCGCCUCCUGGGCCCCGAGCCCAGAGGCAGACCCACGCCCAGAGGCCCCGGGCAGGGGGCAGUGGCUGCCAUCUCGUCCUUCCCUGGGAGUGCCAAGUUUAUCUUGUUGAGUGAAAGAAAAUAAAAUAGAGAGAGUGCACUUCCGGGCCCUGGCGCCCCUGCGCCCACUGCCCAGGCUGAGGGCAUGUCCUUGUCUGUGUUGGGCACACGCUCCCGAGGCUGUGGGGAGGAGGCCUGCUUUCCACUCUGGGGGCAGCUGGGCCUCUGUGAGCAAGCAAGCAGGUGUAGGGCAUCCCACUGUGGCACCUGCACACUGGAGCUCUGCCAGGCCCUGUCCCCACAGCCUCGCUGCCCCUUCCCUGUCCACCGAGCCUGCCUGAUGGUGCUGGGCCCCUGGAGCUUGCCUGGUCUGAGUUUGCUACUACAGGGGCUCUGGCGCUCGCCUCACCUGUGUUCCAUGUGGUGGACACCCGCACAUGAGGCGGCAGCCUUUGCCUUGGCUUGAGGACCCACUGUCACCCCCACACCACCUGCUUUUGGGAACAGCCAUGCCCCGGCCACCGACCCAGGCUGUGGAGUGUGCAGGCGUGUGACGUGUGUUCCUGUUGCUAUUUAAAUACUCUGGGUCAUUGCAGACAGCAGAGAGAUUAGCACAGGAUUCUUUGCUUGUCUGCUGCUCCCAGUCGGCGGGGCAGAGCGCGUCCCUGCUCUCCCACCUUGGCCCCACCCAUCCCAGCAUCCAGGGGACCCCUCCCUCUGCUCCUGGAGUCCAUGUGCAGGGCUCCCCACCUCACUGAGCUGAGCCGUUCUCUGAUGGCGGCUCUGCUGGAGGCAGCGGCCCCUCCCAGGCUCUCCCAGCUCCUGCGUGUCCCGUGGGUGUGACACGAGGGGUGGGCACGAGGGGUGUGGAUGGCCGCCUGCGUGCUCACAGCUGUGGGAGACAGCGUGCGGGCCAAGCCCUCUGAUACACCAGAAAUAAAGACACAGUCAUCAAGCCC